AUGACCGUCGUGGACGCCCUCAUCGGCCUCGUUCACCCCGGCACCCCAGCGCUUCCGGACCCAAUCAGCUUGCACCUGCUGCGAUCGCCUUCCCCUUCCCUUGUCCGGAUCCUCCUGCUCGGAAGGUUCAACGUCCCUCCCUCCGGCACCUGGCAACUCCGACGCGUCCGCUCUCACCCCCCCCCCCCUUUCCCGCUGGACUUUGUACGCCCUGGUUCCCUCCCGCUGGUGCCGCAUCGCCAGCUCCGACCUCCGGAAGCUCCCCGACCUGACGAAACCCCCGCUUGGUCCAGGACGCGUCCCCUCCCAGUAGCGCUGAAGAUCCCAGUCUCCCGGCGCCAUAUCGACGCAUUCGAUCCCAGAAGGCAACCGGCAAAGGAAUCCACUGGGGCUGAUCGGGUGGAUCGUUCACAAAGAAGGUUUUCGAUCGGCUUGCGCAUUCUCAACAUCUGCUCGUCAUUCCGCCAAUCGUAG